GCAGCCUCCCAGAACUAGUGUUGCCAAAUCCUCUAUUUAAUCAACCAACGACCACAUACUUAGGUGAGAUCGUAAAUGCAUUUCCACGGAUUAAAUGCAUGCUCACAUAUAUCCAAAUUACAUUAACUAUUAUAGUAAAUGAGUUAUAUUUCAAAACAGCUAUAAAAUCUUUUAAUUAGGCUCUCUAUCUGACUUAAGUUGAUUGCGGUGAUUUAAUCACAAAGACCUGGCAACCGUCGGCCACAGCACAGAGGCAAAUGCGGACUGCUUAGCUAGUGUGCUAGCAACAUACAUGUGGAGGGGAUCACAUCCCAAACUCUGCCCAAAUUCCCCUUUAGACUGCCAAAUACCGCCAACUGCCCCUGUAUCCCUCACAACAAACGUGUUUUCUUCAACAUGAAAGGUUGUGGCAGCGGUGAGCACAUGACCAGCAGCUGUUGUGUUGGUGCUGGUGUUGGGCUUCAGCAUGCUGACCUCCUAUAAAUACCAACUUUACACAUUGCUAGUUUACUGUCAAGUUGACCCAAGACAUUUUUUUAGCCGGAUCGAGUUGGGGGACGUUACACCCCACAACAUUAAACAGUUGAAGCGUCUGAACCAAGUGAUCUUCCCUGUCAGCUACAACGACAAGUUCUACAAAGAUGUCCUUGAAGUAGGAGAGCUCGCCAAACUAGCGUAUUUCAACGACAUCGCAGUUGGUGCCGUGUGCUGUAGAGUGGAUCACUCUCAGAACCAGAAGCGACUCUACAUCAUGACCCUGGGUUGCCUAGCACCUUACCGCAGACUUGGCAUAGGAACAAAAAUGCUGAACCAUGUGUUGAACAUUUGUGAGAAGGAUGGCACUUUUGACAACAUUUACCUUCACGUGCAGAUCAGCAACGAGUCUGCAAUUGACUUCUACCAGAAAUUUGGCUUUGAGAUCAUCGAGACAAAAAAGAACUAUUACAAGAGGAUAGAGCCAGCAGAUGCCCAUGUUCUUCAGAAAAGCCUGCGUAGCCCAUGUGCGCCACCAGCAGGAGAGCUGCAGAAAGCCGACUAGGGGUCGAAGCGCGACACCAGAUUGGUCUCUUCCCCCAAAUGGAACUGUAACAGAUGCCCCAGGGUUGACACACUCACCACUUUCUUCAGAGGACAUUUUAGACAGAAAAAGUCAAUGACGUAUUUGCUGCAUUUAUUGUGCAAAAACUUUAGUCCCCCCUCAAUUAUUAUUAUUAUUAUUUUUUUUUUUUUUUUCGUUUCAUCAUUUAGAGAGUUGAAAUUACAUGGAGGUUUUCAAGCAGAAUUCAUAAGUGCUCCAAAAAGCUGCUGACGACUUAUUGAUCUGACAUGGUGAAGGUUAUGUUUUCAAAGCAUACAGUUUGCAUUUGUUUUAGAUUUGUUUAAGGUAAGGGGACAUAGCUUUGCUCGGACAAAACAAUAGAACUAAAGAGGUAAAGUCUUUCAAAUAUGACUCGAUGCGCCCCAGCUGGCAACCUUGGAGUGAUUGUUUGAAUCGUCUUAGGGGCACGUGGGAUCCGCAGAAGUCCAUCACCCCGCCACCUGAGCCCUCGGACACACGGCAAGAGAAUCUACUGGUGGCUGAGACCUCCUGCUUCACCAUACAGGCAAUAUGCAAUGCUGGAGGGUUGCAUGUGAUGCAAUGUCUCCUUGUGAUGUCAGCCGCCUCAGUCUGAGUUGAGGCUAAACCAGUGAGGAAAUGGAGCGUAGAGCCCCCUCGAACAAGAGAGUGGUACAACUGUUUUAGUAAGGGGGAGGUUAAGCGGAGUAAACUCCACUUGUUUGUGAAUGUUUUGUUUUUCAGCCCAUUAUUUAAAAUCCCCAUCUUUUUUUAUUUUUUAUUUGUGGAUUGAGUCUGGGCUUUUUCUAGGGUUUGCAGUAACGCUGCUGGUGAGAUGGCAAGGCUUCAGAUAACAAACAGGAAUGGCUUUUUAUGGGCCUUGACGGUUGCAUUGUUUACAGUGAAUGUGGUUCUCUAAUCAUUUUUUAGUCCACCGGGACUGAAGUUAGAGUUUAGUAGUGUUUUUGAUGUGAACGUUUAAUUUUCACCCCUCCCCAUUACCUGCCAGAGUGUUUCUAUAUUUGAAUCCUAGCUUCUCACUUGUUACCGCAGCAGAAAUAAAUCCUCCCACAAUACAACAGUUACAUUUCAGUGAUGUUCACUGACCACCACCUAUUUCCCAUACACAAUGUGGGAGUAUUACAGGUUAGUUCUACAAGUUAUUUUAUAGGACUUACAGAACCAGAUCCCAGGAAAAGCCCGGACUCAGUGCAUGCCAGAGGAGACAUGCCCUCUCCAUUGUAGUAAAAGCAUGUUUUUGUUCCUCCUUUCUUUGGAAAAUUUUAUCUUUUUCUGGAGCUCUAUAUUGUAUGACUUUUAAACCUCUAAAUAAAAAUUACUAUUUGCAUUA